UCUUUAAUAAAAAUGUUGAAACGAGUGAGAACGACUUACUGACAGAAUUUUUCUUUGAUUACAAUCUGUUCUAAAUUUGCCAAAUUUGUUACAUUUCAUGCCAACCGAGAAAGAUUUAAACUCGAAACGUUCUGUUAAAGUCCAGUUGUUGCGUAAUAUCUUGCUACUGUUUUGCAUUUACGUAAAAUUGAAUAUGUAAAUUGGAUCAACCGCUCUACCAAAGGUCUCAUCUUUCAUUUAAUAUUAUUUGAUUUAAUUUGUUUUUAUUUUUUUGAAUAACAAUAUUUAUAUUUCCUUUUCGCGAAUAAUACGCAAUAAGUAUAUUGCGAAGAAAGUGAAAUCUGAGAGAGCAGAAGAGUGUUGUGUCCAAACCUCUAUUUUGUCCGAUAAAUGAACCUGCUCCAUUUAAAUCGUUCCACGUACGCUUGAAUUUUCGCAACCGAUAGAAAUCUUCGCGCGCGAUAUACUUGGCGGAAGUAGAAAGUCUUGUUUGCUGUAUUACGGGUCUGACUGGUGGCGUGUGCAGUUCAGGAUAUAAUGCAGCGCGAUCGUUUGAAAAGUGCCGUGACAACACGUAACCAGUUAACCGCAGAUUCUCGAUCGAUAUUAUCUGAUAACCGUAUCGUUUAUCGCUUUUUGAAAUUAAUUAUAUAAGUGUUACAUUUGUGGAAAAUGUGGUACAUAUUUUAUACAAUAUUUUAAACAAUUUUUUUUUAUCCUACAUUUGUUAUAACUGUACUACUGUAUGUAAAAUAUUAAUUGACUAUGUUUGAUAAAUAUUUUAGUUCUUUUACGCAUAUAUUCACCUUAUUCUUGCUGUUGAAAGUGAUAUUGCGCUACAUUCAAACGGAAGUUUCGGCAAUGUUACGACACUCAUCGGGUCCUAGUGUUUCGCAAGCGAUAAAAUCGAUCAUUAAUACGGUGCACGUAUCGUAAGCGCGAUGGAGUCCAAAAUGGAUCGUCGAAAUCUCUGGACGACUCUCCUGGAAGCGAAUCGCCGCCGGUAUCGGCUGGUAGUAAUGCUCGAACAACGGCGAAGGCUACCGACCGACAGUAGCGGUGCAACAUGUGAUUGCCGUGCUAGGUCAAAGGCAGGCAAUUUUUCGAACGAUCGUGCAUGAACGAUCGAUAGGUAUAAACGAUCGUUCUUUUGCGGCAAAUCGCGAGUGAUGCAGUGGACUUCCCGUUGUGCAAAACAGCCUUUCGAGUUAGAACAAUUCUUGCGUAAAAAAAAUUUGCGAAUGAAUAAUUCUCUUUGGUGACUCUAAAAUAAAACAAAAUUUGAAAGUACGUCAAAGAGAAAGAUGUUGAGUGAUUGAAUAACUUCUCCGAAGCAAUGUGCAACAAGCGCUGGAGGAAAGGACAAUUUUUAUCACGUGUAUUGGAAAAACUUUCUCUGUCGGUAUGCAUGUAUCAUCAAUCAAAUUCUUCGCAGCCAGUUGCUGGCUGGUUCUCUGCGUGAUCAGUCCGCUUCACAGCACAGCUGAGAGGAUGUCGUCGAUCCUUUACGGGGUCAACAAUCCCGCGCGUCAUCAAUUUCAGCGGAUACAGCCCGAGGAUACAACGUUUUCCUUCGAAGAGCGAGGGGAGUUCGAGUCUAACGCGCGCGUCCCGAAACCACGAGACAUUAAUCAAAUUAAUUCGCUGCAAUUUAGAACUUCACCGAGGAACAUCAAUUCCGAAGUUCACGUCAAGCAAAACGUGGCGAAGUUAAGACCGGAAUAUCGAGUAGAAAAUAGAAAAUCUAAACCGUAUUACUCGGAAUAUCUUAAAAAAGAAAAUGCCGCUCGUUCCGCGGAGUUAGAGCAAGAGACUCGCAGAAGAGACAAAGAAAUUGUAAAGAAGAUGAACGUGUUGGACAAGUUGCUGUCAGAGAGUUCUGAAGAAAAUGAUGUCGAAUCGAAGAUUACAGCCGAGGACAGAAUCAUCGCGGAAAUGAUUCCCGAAGAGACCAGAAGAGUCGUCAGGCAAGUUCGUAGGCAACGGCCAGGCUUUUUCUGGACUUUGGCGAGACUUGCUUUUGAGACGUUCAACGACACUCGAUCGGCGAUUCAACAAAUUAGCAAUAUCGUCAGUCAAACGGUCGAACCGGAAAUGCCAAGUGCGCGAUCGCGAGUUAGCAGUAAUCCUUUGAUGGUCGUCAAUACGACGACAACAAUCGCGCCAGGAAGUGAUCAGAAUAAUAUGUCCAGCAACAUGGCGAGUGUUAACGUUACGACGACGACGAUGAGAACGACAACUACAAUGGAACCUUUCAGAUUGACACGAAAUGGAUUGCUACAAUUACUUAGUCGAAAUAUACGUGGAUUGAUUCGUCUGUUUAACAUCGAAUGGCAAGAUGCUCUGAAUCAAUCAGAAAUUAAUGUGAGAGAGUUUCAAAAGAAUCUCGGGAAUCAGAUAGGCAGCUAUCUGCAGGACAACCCAAACGCUUUUUAAAUAUACAACGAACACAAUAUCGCAAAAGAGAGCAAAAUAGAAGAAUAUUAUGAUAUUCACAUAAUUCUGGGCUGCAUGUGUAUAUAUACUGUGUGUGUGUGUAUGUACAUACAUGUAGAGUCCAGAGAAUACACAUACAAUUUAAUGACACACAUCUGUAGCGAGAAUUUCCGUAAUUUAGCCAAAGAUUGUAAUUGAA